GUUUUACCUGCCAAUAGAAAUGUGUUCGAUAAAUAGUUUGUUGCGCAGGUUUUGUUGACGGUCCAUACAAUUGAUUCAUUUGUUUUUAUCAUUUUUUAUAUGUUUAGGGUCUUCAAAAAUUUGAGAAAGAUCUAAAAGGUUUUGCAUCCUGUUUUAAUUGAAGGAUGUGUUAUAAAGUCAAACUUGGAGCUUGAUAUCUCCUAAUCUACCGAUUUUUAGCAACACACCAAGGAGAAAUGUAUUUGGGGAAAAAAAAGAGGACUUCACAGCGGGCACACAGUCAUUCGGAAAAGGGUAGGGGCAUACCCGUCUUUACCACCUGGGUCGCAUAUUGCUAUCCUGUCCGAUGCCGGAAAACCAGACGGGACAAUAUCUCGCCUUCCCCUUUUUCGUACACCUGUUUCCCCUCCCUGCUUCGCCCUUAGAUCUUGCCUCUAUCCCUGUCAAGAUUUCUCGAUAAUUUACACCAUUUCAGAAGAACCCGCCCUUGCGCGGCCCAAAUCUCGCCGGAAAGUUGUUCGGAUUCGUUCCCGAUGCCGGAGAAUUGAGGCGUUCUCUGGCAAAUUAUGAGGUCGUCUUCGUCACCUUUCUGGUCGGAUAAUUCACGCAUCUCCCCAUCCCCGUCGUCCUCUCCUCAUAUUCCGGCAUCGCGUAAUCUUGCGCCCCAGCCCCAGUCGUCUCAGAAUCCUAAUUACACACACAGAUGUGGCAAUGUAUUCCAGCUGUUAUCACACAGAGAGGUAUCUCCUCGAAGUAAACGAUCUUGCAAAAGGUUUUGGAGGCAGGAAACAACACACAGUGUUGCUUCUAAUGGAUUAAAGAGUGGGGUAGUCAGGGAUGCAAAAAGGGGUCUUAUAUCAUGGGUAGAGGCAGAAUCAUUACGGAAUUUAUUAGCAAAGUAUUGUCCCCUUCUGCCUCCCCCUCGAUCUACCAUUGCAGCAGCAUUUAGUCCAGACGGGAAAACCCUUGCAUCAACUCAUGGAGAUCAUACAGUGAAGAUAAUAGAAUGCGAAACUGGGAAAUGCCUAAAGGUGUUGAGUGGCCAUCGCAGGACACCUUGGGUGGUUAGGUUUCAUCCAUUUUAUUCUGAUAUACUUGCAAGUGGAAGCUUGGACCAUGAAGUUCGUUUAUGGGAUGCAAAAACGGCUGAGUGCAUAGGGUCGCGUGAUUUUUAUCGUCCUAUUGCUUCUAUUGCCUUCCAUGCUCAGGGGGAGAUUUUGGCAGUAGCAUCAGGCCACAAGCUUUAUAUAUGGCAUUACAAUAGAAGAGGAGAGACUUCAUCUCCAUCCAUUAUACUCAAGACACGUCGGUCACUGCGAGCUGUUCAUUUCCACCCACAUGCUGCCCCAUUUCUUUUAACUGCCGAGGUCAAUGAUCUGGACUCAUCUGAUUCUUCUAUGACACUGGCAACUUCACUGGGUAACUUGCGGUAUCCUCCUCCUACUGUGUAUCUGACAGAUGCUCAUUCCACUUACCAAUCUGCUUCAGCAAAUGAACUGCCUAUCAUGUCAAUUCCUUAUAUGAUCUGGCCCUCAAUGAGUAGAGGAGAUCCUAGAAUGCCUUCACAGCAGAGUACUACAGAUUCAGGUUCUGAUAGCGUGCAUCAGAGAGGGGAUACUUCUUCAUCUGUGCGACUACUAACAUAUUCCACUCCCACUGGCCAGUAUGAACUCUUGUUGUCCCCAAUUGAACCUAGUAAUUCUCCUGCACAAGGAGCAGUUGGUGGUUCUUCCUUGAGGGAAAAUGUCAAUACUCUUUCCCAUCCUUUAGGUGAUAUUAUGGAGACAGACUUGCAGCAGGAAGAGAGAAACAAUCAAUUUUUCCCUUUUAGUGACCCAGCAUACUGGGACGUAUCUUUCCUGCAAGGGUGGUUGGUUGGCCAAAGUCAAGCUGGCCAACGGGCCAUGCACUCGCAUAAUGGUGGUAACUUGCCCAUUUCUGAUGAGCCAGACAAUCCUCCAGCAGUGCCCACCACAGUCGCUAGCACUGGUCAACCAAGGAUUUCCGGAAGACCUGGUUCUCGGCCGCGAUCUUCACGCUCUCGUAUUAUACCCACUCCUGGAUACAAUGAUGGCACUGCUUCACACAGUAUCGUACAUGAUUUUAUGGAUAUUCAACCUUCGAUGAGCCAAAUGGCCGAAACCCAGUCUGAUAUCGCUACUUCGCUUGCUGCUGCAGCGGCAGCUGAGUUGCCAUGCACUGUGAAGCUUAGAAUAUGGCCUCAUGAUUUUAAAGCUCCUUGUGCACCUCUUGAUGCAGACAAGUGUCGCUUAACUAUACCACAUGCUGUUCUCUGUAGUGAAAUGGGUGCACAUUUUUCACCAUGUGGGCGGUUUUUAGCAGCCUGUGUUGCAUGUGUUUUACCAAACAUGGAUAGUGAACCCAGCUUUCAUGGUCAUAUUCAUAAUGAAACGAUGGGGGCCGGCACGUCCCCAACUAGACAUCCCAUUUCUGCCCACCCGAUUAUGUAUGAGCUCCGGAUAUAUUCGCUUGAGGAGUCAACGUUUGGCUCAGUGCUUGCAUCUAGAGCUAUCAGAGCUGCACAUUGUUUAACCUCUAUUCAGUUCUCACCCUCUUCUGAGCAUCUUCUACUUGCAUAUGGCCGUCGUCACAGCUCACUUCUCAAAAGUGUAGUGAUUGAUGGAGAUUUCUCAAUCUCUGUUUACACAAUACUUGAGGUAUAUAGAGUUUCCGAUAUGGAACUUGUGAGAGUUCUUCCCAGUUCAGAGGAUGAGGUCAAUGUAGCAUGUUUUCAUCCUUCAGUUGGUGGGGGGCUUGUGUAUGGAACCAAGGAAGGAAAAUUAAGGAUCCUUCAAUAUGAUAGUUCAAAUGGAUUUGAUCAUACAUUGAACUCUUUUCCUGACGAAAACAUGUUUGAGUUGCCAAUGUAUGGUCUAGUAGAAGGCUAAUAUCCAUCGUCAUCAUCAUGAACAUUUGAAGGCAGGUAGUUUGGAUGUAGAACUAAGUGGAACAUGACAUGCUGCUGCUUAUGGAGAGUUGACACUGAGCUUGAAAAGAACAUCUGUUUUGCUUCUGUGCUUUUACCAAGCUGGAUUCUUGCUUCUGCGCCUGUUUUUCGGUGGCUUGGCUUCAGGUACGGUGUUCCCAAGUAUACACCAAAAACAUAUAUGCGAUGGAAGUGCUGGUUUCUGGUGAGCUGCAUGCAUGUCUCUGCUUUUGCUCAUUUUACUUUAUAUCUUUCCCAUCAUCAUACAUUUGUUGAAGGGGCUUUUAUGUACAUUAGUCGAUUUGUUUCUAUAAAAAGGGGGGGAAUUAAAGAAGAAUCGCGCAAAUGCUACUAUGCGAAGUGUGUGUGUAACUUUUUGUGUUUGGUAUUGCAUAAAAGUGUCUUCUAUUCGGUACGUAUAUAUAUAAAGUUAACGCUUCGUUGUGAUGUCCAUUUUAAAGACAAUGUCUUGUUAUUUUGUGCAUCUAAUUUCGUGUUGUUUUCGUAAAAGGACACGAUUUCUUAAGCUACGCUGUUCUGUCUUAU